AUAUAUACACACAUACAUAUAUGUGUAUUUAUUUCGCAUAUAUAUAAAUUGAAACAAUCAUGACGCUCAGCUCAGUGCAGUGCCUAUUACUUUCCUUGGCAAUUCUCGGCAGCUGCCAAGCGAGAACCUCGGCCGGCUUAGAUGCUGCCCGAGAUCGCAAUCUGCUCGCUGCCGAUCUCUACAAUGCAGUGGGUGCGGAGCGACUCAAUGAGAAUGUUGUGAUUGGCACCGCCGCCAUACAGACCUCGAUGGCGCUGGCCUUCUUCGGGGCCAAGGGCCAGACAGCCAUAGAGCUGAAGGAGGGCAUGCGCUUGGGCAUUGGCGAUGCGGAUCAGGUGUCGCAGCGCCAUGGCAGCUUCCAGCAGGCGCUGACGCGCGACAACAAUCUGCGGCUGGCCAACAACAUCUACAUCAACGAAAAUCUGGAGUUCAAGAACUCUUUUCGUGAUGUGGCUCAACGUCAAUUCGACUCGAACAUUGAGAAACUCGACUUUCAUCCGCCGUACAACAAGCGCACUGCGGCUGCCAUUAAUCAGGCUGUGGCGACCAAGACAAAUAAUCAGAUUAAGGACAUACUCAGGGCGGAGCUGCUCAACGAUCGCACCGAGGGAGUCAUUGUAAAUGGCGUCACGUUCUCCGCACCCUGGCAGAAGGCCUUCAAGCUGGAAAAGACAAAGAGUCGCAGCUUCCGCACGGGCGAUGGCCAAAACGUCAAUGUGGAGACCAUGUGGACGUUGCAGAACUUGAACUAUGCCGAGGUUAGCAGCCUGGACGCCAAGGUGUUGGAGUUGCCCUAUCAAAAUCAGGAGUUCUCAAUGAUCUUGCUGCUGCCCAAUCGCAAGGAUGGCCUGCGUGCCCUCCAACAGAGUCUGGUGGGCAAGAAUCUGCUCACCGAACUGGGCUCGAUGAGCAUGCAGAAAGUGGAGGUGGAGCUGCCCAAGUUCAGUGUCACUUUCGGCCUUAGCCUCGAGAAACCUUUCAAGCAGCUGGGCGUUACGACCAUGUUCUCCCGCGAGGGAGACUUUGGUAAUAUGUACCGUAUGUUCGUCAGCCACUUCAUCAACAACGUCGAGCACAAGGCCCAUGUGGAGGUCUCUGAGGCGGGCGUCGAGCAGCCUCUGGAGACGGGUGUUUUGAAGGGCUUGUUCUCGCGCUCGAAGAAAUUUGAGGCGGAUCAUCCAUUUGCCUUUGCCAUCAAAUACAAAGAUUCGAUUGUCUUCAUGGGACACAUUGCUAAUUAUGCUUAUGUCUGAGCUCAAAUUUUACCCUCCAGCUAAGUUGAGGUGCAAAUUAACUAUCAAAUUCAUUUGUUUUCUUUUCUGUUUUUAUGUUUUUAGUUAAUGAACGCAAAUUUGAUUAGCAAUCAAAUUAAAACAAAUAAAUUUUGAAUGUCGCCAGCAUAAA